AUAUUUUAAAAGAUUUAUUUACAUUUUGCAAGUAGAAUGUACCGAACGAUACUUUGGAGUUUAGUGCAUAUAUUCCUAUUUAAUACCUGUAAAGCAGAUAAGAAAAAACUGCUUUCCUUUGGGGGUAAUGGAAAUAUAGGUUCCUCUACGUUGACUCAGCUGAUAGAAACUGAUGAAUAUGAUAUAACUAUUGUAACCAGAGGAAAAUGGCAUUGGGACUCCGAACAGAGAGUAAAACCGUUUGUGCACCAGCUUACUUGUGACAGAAACUUUGAACCAGAGUGCGCCUCAAACAAGACUGCUGUUGACUGUGAUAUAAACGCCAUUAGACAAUGUCCUGAACUUCUAAGUUUUAUCAGAAAUACGGAUCUAUUCGAUCUAGUCAUAGACUUUAGCGCGUACCAUCCGAAAUGGAUUCACGACAAUAUGGAGGAAUUGAAAGGAAAAGUUGGUUUGUACAUCUACAUCAGUUCAGAUUCAAUAUACGAGGUGUGUAAAGAUAAACCAACAAGAAGGCCAAGUAUAGAAACUGACGCAAUCAGACCACUGGAUGAAAAUGAGAUAAACUUAUUGAAGAAAAAAGACACUUACGGGCACUAUAAACUAGCAGGGGAGGAGGCUUUAGUACACUAUGGAAAGAAGGAUGGUUUAAACUGGGUUACCCUGAGACUAGCUGACGUCAUUGGUCCUAGAGAUACUACUUAUAGAUGGUGGAUGUAUCAACUGUGGAUUAAAUUCUUUCCUGAAAUCAAGAAACCUAUUUCUAUCCCAGAGAAAAUUAAAAAUAAGGUUGAGUCCCUUACAUAUGUAGAAGAUGUUGGUAGAGUUAUUGGUCAGCUCAUGAAACUUGGUCCUGAUUCAUGGAACCAGGUUUAUAAUAUUGCGCUGGAUGAUGAAUUCUCUCUCUCUAAUAUUCUUCUGAGGAUUAGGGACGGACUAGGGGUAACUGAGGUAUUAAGUGAGGUUACUAAAGAUGAGAAAGCAUACCAAGGAUAUCCAUCUGUACUGGCAGGUUCUAUGGAUAUAUCUAAGGCUAGAAAAGAACUUGGAUUUGAACCUACCCCAGUCGACGAAGCUGUGGCAAAAACAAUUGAAUUUUAUAACCAAGCGUUUAUAAAGUUUCCUAAGGAACGAGAUUUGGUUCUGUCAGAUUUGAUGACUUCAGUUAUAUCUAAGGAUAAAAGGGACGCAGUGUAUGGUGCGAUAGAUCGGGAGUUAUCUAAACUUGGUGAAAUAGAUCCUAGGUAUAGAAAGGCUAGGAUGGGUGAAUUGGCCGAACUACCAACCUUCUCAAAACAAGAAUUAUAACAAAUUAUAUUUUGUAAAACAAAUAAAAAUUUACUAGUUC